AUGCAGGAGGCUGCUGAGAAGCUUGCCGUUCUAAAGAAAUGGCGGUUGUUCGCAAUUCUCCUGGCGUGGAAUGUGAGCGUGACGUUAGGUUCGGACAACGAGCCAUUUGAACUUACGAUUCUGCACACAAACGACGUUCACUCGCACAUUGAAGAGACCAACAAGCAUGGGGGACAAUGCUCGGAGAAGCAAAAGAAUGAAUCAAAAUGUGUUGGUGGAGUCGCAAGGAUUGUGGCAAAGGUAAAACAACUCAAGGAGAAACACCCCGGUGCCUUGUUCAUGAACUCAGGAGAUUUCUACCAGGGCACUGCCUACUAUACAAUUCUGAAGAACGAAAUGGUUUCUACAAUAAUGGCGGCCAUGAACUACAGUUACGUGUGCCUUGGAAAUCACGAAUUUGAUGACGGACCUGGAGGUCUCGCGCCUUUCCUGGUUAGAAUGAAACAAGCAAAAAUAAGUGUUGUCGGCACGAAUACUGAUUUUAGCAAGGAGCCUGCUCUUGAAGACAAACCGAUCAAGAAAAGUGUUAAAGUAAGUGUGAAGGGAAGAACGAUCGGAAUCAUCGGCGCUGUCCUCCCACAAACAAGAUACCUCUCACGUCCAGGGGAGAAUGUAGUGUUCCAGGACGAAAUUGAAAGCUUUAAAUUAGAAGCUGCCACUCUCAAGAAACAGGGAGUGAACAUCAUCGUAGCCAUUACGCACUGCGGCUAUCCAAGAGACCUGGAAAUUAUUAAACAUGUGUUAGAUGUGGACGUGAUUAUUGGAGGACACACAAAUACAUUUCUUUAUACCGGUAGCAAUCAUCCACCGGAAAAUGUUCCCGAAGGCAACUAUCCCACAGUUGUGAAGAGAAUGGACGGCACUCUAGGGCUCGUAGUUCAAGCUUACUGCUACGGAAAGUUCUUAGGAUUUUUACAGGCUACAUUUGACAAGAAUGGUAGUGUCAUUGCUGGUACAGGAAACCCAAUUCUUCUCAACGCAUCAGUUGCGGAAGAUAAGAAAAUGGUUGAUGUCAUUGAACCUUACAAAAAGAACGUCAGUGAGGUGAUGAAGAAACCCGUCGGUUACUCCAAGGUGGUGCUGGAACAAGCUAAUGAAGUAUGCCGUCUCCGGGAGUGCAACCUUGGAAACCUCAUAGCCGACGCGUACUUCGCCUUCUACGCGGAUAUGAACACGUCUUCUUCAGAGUAUUGGUCCAACGUAAACGCCGCUUUACUCAACGGGGGCUCCAUCAGAGCUCCACUUCCCCAAGGCGAUAUAACUAUGGGGGACAUACUUGCAAGUGCACCAUUCGGUCAAGCGAUUGUCACAGUGCCGCUCAGUGGAUUUGCAUUAAGACUUAUGUUCGAACAUUCCGUAGCCAACUUCAGCUACGAAAACAAGAAAGGAGAAUUUCUUCAGAUUUCUGGCGCCCGUGUCAAGUAUAACCUAUCACUGUCGCCAUGUAACCGUGUCACAUCCCUGAAAGUACUAUGCACCAAGUGCCUUGUACCCGUUUAUCAGAACGUAGCUGACGACAAAAACUAUACAAUCGUUACCAAUACUUUCGUAGCCAAGGGUGGUGAUGGAUUUGCCAAAGCUGAAAACUAUGGAGAAGCCGGUCCCAUUGAUCUCGAUGUUCUUGUUGAAUACAUUGGUAAAAUGUCACCAAUCAAGACACCAAUUGAGGGACGGAUUAUUAUCGAAGGGAACGUCACGACACCAAGCAUAUAA